AUGAAUAUUGCUAAAAUCUUCGUUGAUGAUGAAACAAUUACAUCAUCUGUUGAUAUGAGUAUGCCUCUUACUGGCCUCACAGCAAAAUUACGAAACGAUAAUAAGAUUAGCAAGCCAGAUUCUGAUUUUUAUGUAGUUUACCAAAAUUGUCCGCAUGAAAUCACAUCAAAUAUUCGUGUUGGCGAAGCUCUCACACUUGAGCAUCUUUUAUUAAUUAUUUCAAAAGAUAGGUAUAAUAAAAUGAAAGGAUUACGUGGUAUCUUAGAAUCAAGCAUUGCAGCAAUGAACGACUUACCAACCGAAGCAGAUAACAUCAUUGCAUCAAUCAACCAUAUGAAAUCAUUCAUCAAACACUACUAUGAAGCAGAUGGAUGUUUUGAUAAGUUCUAUGAAAGCAUGCCAUUAGAUUUACUUCAAUCAGAAUCUGAAGAAGAGAAUCUUAAGACAUUAACUCAUUGGUUCAAGACAGAAUUCUUUACAUUUAUCCAUACUCCGAAGUGCCAGUGCUGCAACAACGAAACAAAAGGUGUUGGAAGCAGCUUUCCAACACUAUACGAAAGCAAAGGCUUAGCAUCAAGAACAGAGGUCUUCAAAUGCUUUAAAUGCGGCGCAAUGACAAGAUUCCCACGAUACGACUUACCAGAAAGACUUCUUGAGACAAGAUGUGGUAGAUGCUCAGAAUUCGCAAAUGUUUUUACAGGAAUGCUUCUUGCUUUAGGCUUUGACGCCAGAAUUGUUGUUGAUUUAACAGAUCACGUUUGGUCUGAGGUUUGGUUAGAAGAUAAACAGCGCUAUGUACACGUAGAUCCAUGCGAAGAUAUUAUCGAUGCACCAUACACGUACGAAGUUGGUUGGGGCAAGAAAUUAACUUGGAUUUUCGCCAUUGGCAAGAACGAAGUUUAUGAUGUCACUAGGAGAUAUACAAAGGAUUACAACGCAGUGGUUGCCCGCAGAUCAGCCAUGGUUCCUGAAGAUGUUUGUGCAAAAUUAGUUAAUUUAAGAAACCAGCAGUAUCAAUCUAAAUUAACACAAGAAGAGAAAAACGAAAUAGCUCAUAAGAAUGAAUUAGAUCAGAAAUCUAUGCUUAUCGAUCGCGAUGCUGUAAAACCAGAAGAACAAAGAACUAGAAUUAGCGGCAAUGAAUAA